AUGUUGCCGCAAGAACCACUGCAGGCCAUCCUGCCGCCCACGACGCUCUCGAGGUCGUACCUCCCAAUCGAUCAUGCUUCAUCUGCGACACCUACUGUGCUCGCCGAGGCCGCGCACGCUCUGCACCCAUCGCCCAGUGAUGCCGUACGGAUAGCACGCUACAACAACAAUGGCCUGGGUUCGACCGCGAAGGGUAUCAUGAUUGGUGUGUUCUCGGUACUCGGCGCUGCAGGCUUCUGCUUCCUCGUCUUCGCCAUUGUCUACUACUUCCGCUACACGCAACAGGGUCGCGUAUUCCUCGACCGGAUAACACGACCCGGGGAGUAUGAUGAUGAGCAGCAAUUCGCCAAGGAGGAGGCCGAGGCGCUGGAAGAGAUGGACGACCUGCAGAGAGCCGAGUACCUGCGAGCGAAGGCUUUCGUGCAAGUCAACCCGCCCGAGUCCGUGCAAACCGACAUUUCCCUGUCACAGUUCCUCGCAAUCCAAGAGAAGGGUGUUUCAGCAUGGGAAUUCGAGCCAGAACUCGAGAUCGCCAAUUGCUUUGUUGAAGGCCGAACCGAGAUUGAGUUCUUUGAUUCUGAAUGCAGCGUCCAAAGCAACCUACCGAUACCGAAACAGAACGAAGUGUACUACUGGGAGGCCAAGAUCUACGAAAAGCCGGAGAACACAAGCAUUGCAAUUGGCGUCACAACUAAGCCGUACCCCCUGUUCAGGCUACCAGGCUACCACAAGUCUUCGAUUUCGUACGGAUCCAAUGGUAACCGACGCUACAACCAGCCCUUCACACCUUCCGCGUACGGACCAGCCUAUGUUCAGGGCGACGUUAUUGGAGUUGGAUAUAGGCCUCGCACCGGAACGAUCUUCUUCACCCGAAACGGCAAGAAACUCGACGAUGUUGCACAUGGCCUCAAGACCCAAAACUUCUUCCCUACCGUUGGCGCUCAAGGACCUUGCCAGGUGCAUGUAAACUUCGGACAGAUGGGAUUCGUCUUCAUCGAAGCCAACGUGAAGAAAUGGGGUCUUGCUCCGCAAACUGGCAGCUUGGCUCCUCCACCACCGUACGGCAGCGAACAAGGAUCGAUUCUUUUGGACUCUGGUCGCGAAGGAAUCAGAGAGGGCAUGGCUGGCAAUUACAUUUCUGCAGGUUAUGGACAUGCACGAUCUAGUGGCCAGCAAGUGCGUCUUGGACGUAAUCAACCCACAAGCCCUGGUCCUCAACGCAGCCCCACUGACAUCUCCCUGGCAGCUUUCAGCCUCGUGGACUCCAAUGAAGACAUUGGCGAAGGGCCCAGCGCAGAGGCUAGCAACACACACGAUAUGGCUCACGAGACUGCUCGCGGACUCGGAUUUCUACAGCCUGGAGAGCUUCCACCAGAGUACACCAGCCCUGUUGGGUCACCAAACCUUGAAGCCGGCCAACACAUGCGCGACUACUGGGAAGAACGCGAGCAAGCCUCGCUCUUGCAGAACCAACAACAAGAGCCGGAGUCUGAGCGGCCCCUACCCAGCUACGACGCUGCGGUUGCCAACGCGCCCCAACUUCGACAGCCCACGAUCCGUGUGCGAAGUGCUACUGAGACGUCUCGCACACAUCGGGGAGGUCGGCGAUGA